AUGACGAAAAUUCACCCCGAGUCCCCUGAGGACUUCGAGUACAUUGAAACACCUCCUGCUUCUUGCACUACCCCCGCAGACGAUUGCGGUGUGCGGACGACAUCGUACCCGGCUAUCAAAAAUGCUCCCGUCCCCGCAGACGCUGCAGGCAGCGAUAGUUUCUCCAACAUCCUGCUUUUCUCUCUGCUGCUGUUUGUUCCGUGGUACUUGGCCCGCCAGGUCGGUGGUGGUUUCUACACCACUAUCUUCUUUGCGAUCUUUACCACCGUCCCCAUCCUGAUGGCCUUCUGGUCCGUGGCUUCUUCCAUUUCUCCCCGCAAGAAUGAGAAGGCCAAGUAUGCUGGUCGCCCCGUCGAGCACUACCUUCACUUCCACAGCGAGCAUGACCGUGCCACCUACCGCGGCAAGAGCAAGAUUCCGAUGGAGGUCUUCUACGAAAAGUACUUCAAUGGAGAGGUUGAUUUCAAGGUCGACGCUCUUGAAGCUCUGGAGUUCAGACACGACUGGGCUAACUUCCGCUUCACCAUGGGCCUCUACAAGCACUUCCUCUUCGGCUUCAUUCCUGAAUUGCUGGUUCACUCCCGUUCUCAAGACGAGGAACAGGUGCGCGACCACUAUGACCGUGGUGACGACUUCUACGCUUGGUUCUUGGGCCCUCGGAUGAUCUACACCUCUGGCAUCAUUAGUGAUAUUAACAAGGAAGAGACUUUGGAAGAACUUCAGGACAACAAGCUAGCUGUUGUCUGUGAGAAGAUCAAUGUUAAGCCCGGUGACACUCUUCUCGACCUGGGUUGUGGCUGGGGUACUCUCGCCAAAUUUGCUUCAGUCCACUAUGGCGCACACGUCACCGGUAUCACUCUCGGUCGUAACCAAACUGCCUGGGGUAACAAGGGUCUCCGCAACGCCGGUAUCCCCGAAUCUCAAAGCCGUAUCCUCUGCUUGGACUACCGUGAUGCUCCCCGCGUCGAGGGCGGUUACAAGAAGAUCACUUGUCUUGAGAUGGCAGAGCACGUCGGUGUCCGCCACUUCGGUUCCUUCCUGUCUCAGGUCUACGACAUGCUUGAUGAUGAUGGUGUGUUCUUCCUCCAGAUCGCGGGUCUCCGUAAGUCCUGGCAGUAUGAGGAUCUCAUAUGGGGUCUGUUUAUGAACAAGUACAUCUUCCCCGGAGCCGAUGCCAGCACUCCUCUUGGAUUCGUCGUCGAUAAAUUGGAGGGCGCUGGCUUUGAAAUCAAGAGCGUUGACACUGUUGGUGUCCACUACUCUGCUACUCUUUGGCGCUGGUACCGCAACUGGAUGGGUAACCGCGAGAAGGUCGAGGCCAAGUACGGCAAGAGAUGGUUUAGAAUCUGGGAGUACUUCCUGGCCUACUCGACCAUCAUCUCCCGCCAGGGAAGCGCUACCUGCUGGCAGCUCACCAUGGUCAAGAACAUCAACUCCGCCCACCGUAUUGAGGGCAUUGACUCCCAGUACGGCCUCAAGGGCGCCCGCCAGGCCGCCAUCGACAACGUGGGCCACGGCGUUCUCCCCAAGGCCCAUGUCCCCACCGUUAACAAGGAGUAA